AUGGCCUCACCACUGGGCACUCUGGCGAAUGCCGCCUCUGACGCCAUAUCGCAUAUCAACAAGCGUAUCUACAUCCCGCUAGAAGCUGACAGCCCCGCCGGACUGGUAGAGGCCAACACCGUCGACCCUUGGACCGAGUCCGGAAAAGUAUGCCAGAGGAUGGACGCUAUCUACAAGGCCGAAGUCGAGCAGCACUACGAGGACAUGUACACCCUCGACCCAGAACGAGCAACCGCGCUGAGGACCGGUCAGAUGGCGCAGCACUUCUUCCCUGAGACCGAAGGCCUUGGGGAGAAGCAGUUCCGCCCUCAGAAGCACAUGUCCUCCGUUAACUGGAUCAAUGACACGUUGGCGCUGUUUAGCCACUCUACUGGCAGAGCAUACAAUUUGGUUCGCCCCCCGGCGCGAUUCGGGCUGGCAUGCUUUGCUGUCGCCCUAACGCCUUGGAUCAUCGCAACGAGCAUGAAGGCCAACGUUAUGUCCUUCGUCAUCGGCAUCGGACCUGAACGCCUCAAUGUAUUCCACAGAUGGGCUGGAUAUCUCGUUCUCUUCUUGUCACUCGUUCAUACCGUCCCCUUCUACGUACAACCAGUCUGGGACGAUGGUGGCAUGGAAGUGUUCCAGAAGCUUUUUGAAGGCGGAAGCGGAGUUAUCUACGGCACCGGUAUCGCCUGCUUAGUCCCGCUGGCCUGGCUCUGCGUCGCCUCUCUGCCACCGAUCAGGAGAGUUGCGUAUGAGGCAUUCAUUCUGCUCCACGUCCCCGUGGCCAUGGUCUACGUCGGCUUGCUCUUCUGGCACACCAAGAACUACCUGGCCUCAUGGGAUUAUCUAUGGGCCACUGUCGCCAUCUGGGUUUUCUGUCUCAUAUACCGCGCUUUCAAGCUCAACUGGCUCAAGCCAUGGCGUCUGGCGUUCAUGGUUGGUGACGAGGCUGCCAUUACUCUUCUGGCAGAAAACGCAAUCAAGGUCACGAUCCCCACCCAGAUGAGGUGGAAGCCCGGCCAGUUUGUCUAUCUCCGCAUGCCCGGCAUUUCUCUCUUCGAGAACAACCCCUUUACCAUUUCUUCCUUGUGCAGCGAGGACUUCCCCUCCGAAUACGGAGAACAGUACCGAGACUGCGUCGUCGUGUUCAAGCCCUACGGUGGCUUCACGCGCAAGGUCCUCAACACAGCGAUCGAGAAGGGGCCUUUCCACACGUACCGUGCCUUCCUUGAUGGACCUUACGGCGGCAUGCGAAGAGAUCUCGCUGCAUUCGAUACGUGCAUCCUGAUUGCAGGUGGAAGCGGCAUCACCGCAUUAAUGUCGCAACUCCUCAAUCUUAUCAAGCGCAUGCGCGACGGCAAGGCAAUCACGAGAAAGGUUGUCGUCGUCUGGGCCAUCAAGCGCCUCGAGUCUCUUGACUGGUUCCGCGAAGAGCUCCGAAUUUGUCGGGAGUCAGCACCACCAGAGAGUGUCACUUGCAAGUUCUUUGUUACGUCGACGGUUCGGAACCGCCACCAGCAGAUUGGAGGCGGCGCCGACCGCUCAGCACCCCGCGCUCUCAGCCAUAUGUUCCAUGACAAGCUGGACGGCUUCGUUGCCGGCGUCGCAUCCAAACGCAACUCGGCUCUCAUCCAGGCCGAGGCCCAGGGCGAUCCUGCACGCGAGCAGGAACUCCGCGCCGAGAAUGAGGACAGAAUCACAGCCUUGCCUCAGCAAAAGUACUUGCAACCACACCAAUAUCCCCCACCAGGACCCAACGGUCCGCCAUCGAACAGACACUCAUUGCAAGAGGACUCACUCCGAAGGCUCGAGGGCCGCGAUUUCCCGCUCGACGUCAAGAGUGAUACUGACAAGCGAGCCUCUCGCGACUUCCACUUUCCUCCAAUCAACACAAAAGAUGCCCCUCAUUUCAACUACGCUCCACCACAACCCUCGCCGCGCAUGCCGCCACCCGAGAGCCCCUACGCAGAUGAGGACGGCUCCGACCUCCCAGUCCGUGCUCCCGAGCUCGCUCACCUCCGCAAGCUCAGCCCUGAGGCCGCGGCACGUGCGGCGGCGCAGAGACCGACCAGCACAUUCGGGCCUCCAUCAGGCUUCGACUUUGGGUUCCCACAAACACCAACCGAGUUCCAGAAGAACUUGAUGCGUUUUGCUUUCCCAAUUCCCCACCAAAUCGACGGCGGCUGGACCGUCGAAUAUGGCCGGCCGGAUCUGGGCUAUAUGCUUAAGGAGUGGGCAACAGGCGGCGCCGAUGGACGCGGCAUCCUCGGCAGACGAACCGCUGUCUUUGUGUGCGGACCUCCUGCCAUGCGUGUGGGCGUUGCCAACACGGUUGCGUCGCUGCAGGCGGGCAUCUGGGGCGAUGAUGAGCUUGAGGAGAUCUUCUUGCACACCGAGAACUAUGCCCUGUGA